AUCGCCUCAGUCCCGAGUAUCUUUGUGUGAGCUCUGGCGCCUGGGCGGCUCGGUCACUGAUGUGCCUCCCCCUCUGCCCCUCCCAUUUUCUCUUCCCUCUAGGUCCUGGCCUGGCCUUCAUUGCAUACCCAAAAGCCGUGACCAUGAUGCCGCUGCCCACGUUUUGGUCCAUUCUCUUUUUUAUUAUGCUUCUCUUGCUUGGACUGGAUAGCCAGUUUGUUGAAGUCGAAGGACAGGUCACGUCCUUGGUCGAUCUUUACCCAUCCUUCCUAAGGAAGGGUUUCCGUCGGGAAAUCUUCAUCGCCUUCGUGUGCAGCAUCAGCUACUUGCUGGGGCUGGCGAUGGUGACGGAGGGUGGCAUGUAUGUGUUUCAACUCUUUGACUACUAUGCAGCUAGCGGUGUAUGCCUUCUGUGGGUUGCAUUCUUUGAAUGUUUUGUUAUUGCCUGGAUAUAUGGCAGCGAUAACCUUUAUGACGGUAUUGAGGAUAUGAUUGGCUAUCGGCCUGGUCCCUGGAUGAAGUACAGCUGGGCCGUGGUCACUCCAGUUCUCUGUGUUGGAUGUUUCAUCUUCUCUCUCGUCAAGUACAUCCCCUUGACCUACAACAAAGUCUAUGUGUACCCCACCUGGGCCAUCGGGCUAGGCUGGAGUCUGGCCCUGUCCUCCAUGAUGUGUGUCCCCUUGGUCAUGGUCAUCCGCCUCUGCCAGACGGAAGGGCCAUUUCUUGUGAGACUCAAGUACCUGCUGACCCCAAGGGAACCCAACCGCUGGGCCGUGGAGCGCGAGGGGGCUACGCCCUACAGCUCCCGCCUGGCCGUGAAUGGCGCUCUCAUGAAGCCCACCCACAUCAUAGUAGAGACCAUGAUGUGAGCUGUUGGGCGGCCGGGCUGCUUCCCUGCUGUUUACUAACAUUAGAUUCUCAUAGGACCAGGUUUACAGAGCUUUCUAUUUGCA